AUGAAGCGGGGAGCUUCAACGAAGUCCAAGAAAGGCGAGAAGGACAUCAACCUUGUCACCUGGGACGGGCCAGACGACCCAGACAAUCCGAAGAACUGGCCUCGGAAGACGAAAUGGGCCGCCACGAUCACAGUCUCUCUCUUCACGUUCAUCUCACCCGUGUCCAGCUCUAUGAUCGCACCGGGUCUCAAACAGAUCUUAACGGACUUUCAAUUACCGGACUCGGCGGCAUUCUCCGCAGAGUUGGCGAUGUCUGCAUUCAUUCUGGCUUUCGCCGUCGGCCCUCUUUUCCUGGGCCCGUUAUCAGAGCUCUUCGGCCGACGAAUCAUUCUGCAACUCAGCAACCUGUUUUACUGCGUCUUCAACCUACUCUGUGGCUUUUCCAACAACAUCGGCAUGAUCAUCGCUUUCCGAUUCCUUUCUGGUCUCGGUGGCAGCGCGCCUAUGGGUAUCGGUGGCGGUGUUCUUGGUGAUGUCUGGCUGCCGCAAGAGCGCGGCAAGGCCAUGGCUCUAUACUCCCUGAUGCCGCUGCUGGGCCCUGCCAUUGGUCCGAUCGCUGGUGGUUUCAUUGCGGAAUACAGCAGCUGGCGAUGGGUCUUCUACUCGACUUCGAUCGCAGCGGUGCUGGUUCAAAUCCUUGGCAUUUUCUACCUGAAAGAGACAUACGCAGCGGAGAUCUUGAAGCGCAAGAAGAAGCAGCUCAUCAAAAUCACCGGCAACAAGGAGCUUCGCACUGAGUUCGAGAACCCUCAGCGCAAGUUCUCCAGCCACUUGAAGACUGCACUCGCACGACCUUUCGUUCUGCUCUUCACUCAACCCAUUGUACAGAUUCUGGCUUUGUACAUUGGCUAUGUCUACGGUGUAUUGUAUCUUGUGCUGGCCAGCUUCCCAACACUCUGGACGAACUCUUCGACCGAACAUCCUCCGGGAUACGGCCAGUCACCAGGCAUUGGUGGUUUGAAUUAUAUCUCACUCGGCUUGGGUUUCUAUGCCGGCACCCAGAUUGCCGCAAAAACGGCUGACAGGAUCUACAAGUCGCUCAAAGCGAAGAAUGGAGAUGUCGGCCGCAGCGAGUUCCGUGUCCCUCUCAUGUUCCCGGGCGCGGUCAUGGUUCCCAUCGGUCUCCUCAUCUACGGGUGGUCUGCGCAAGCUCAUACCUUCUGGCUUGUACCGAACAUUGGCACGGCCAUCUUCGCCGCUGGCAACCAGCUGGUCUUCCAGAACUGCCAGACAUACAUCGUCGAUUCAUACACUCGAUUUGCAGCGUCAGCGAUUGCAGCAACGACCGUACUACGGUCUCUCGGCGGUUUCGCCUUCCCUUUGUUUGCACCAGCCAUGUACAGCGCUCUAGGCUACGGCUACGGAAAUACGACACUUGCAUUCUUGGGUAUUGUAAUUGGGCUACCCGCACCAUGCAUUCUGUGGUGGUUUGGUGAGAACCUACGGAAGAAGAGCAAGUUCGCUGUUGGUUAG